AUGUCGAGUUUCUCCGGUGAGAACAAUGUCAGUUCUAGAUUCGAGGAUAUUCUCAGUGGUAUCAUUCCAUUAAUGAAGCUUAUCUGCUUAACCGCGAUCGGUUUACUUCUCGCUCACCCAAAGACACAACUAGUCCCAAGAGCCACGUUUAGGCUCUUAAGCAAGCUCGUGUUUGCUCUGUUCUUGCCUUGCUUGAUCUUCACCGAGCUAGGAGAAAGCAUAACCCUAGACAACAUCGUCCGUUGGUGGUUUAUUCCGGUCAACGUCUUGCUCAGCACGGUCAUAGGAUCCUUCAUAGGAUUCAUAGUCGUCCUCAUAUGUAGACCACCUCCAGAGUUCACUAGAUUCACAAUCGUCAUGACUGCUUUCGGAAACACAGGGAAUCUCUUGCUAGCUAUCGUGAGCUCGGUUUGUCACACCAAGAACAACCCGUUUGGUCCCAACUGUCACUCGAGAGGGAUCUCGUACGUGUCGUUCGCGCAGUGGGUCGCUGUGAUUCUUGUUUACACCGUUGUGUAUCACAUGAUGGAGCCGCCUCUGGAGUAUUACGAGGUUGUUGAGGACGAAGGGAUUGAGAUUGAGGAGAUCAGUACUGUCUCUGCUCAUGACGUAAGCAGACCGCUUCUUGUGGAAGCUGAAUGGCCAGGGAUCGAGGAGAAAGAGACAGAACAUUGCAAGACACCGUUCAUCGCUAGGGUUUUCAACAGCAUUACGAGUUACUCGAUGGCUUCUUUGCCUGAUUUUGAUCUCGGAGGAGGAGAUACCGGAGCCGGAGGAGGAGAGAGUUCGAGUCCGAGGUCGAUGCAGUGUUUGGCUGCACCGAGAGUGAUUAGGAGGAUAAGAGUUGUGGCGGAACAGACUCCGGUCAAGCACAUACUCCAACCUCCAACGAUUGCUUCUUUAUUAGCAAUCGUUGUUGGAUCAGUACCACAGCUGAAGAAGAUUGUAUUUGGAUACGAUGCUCCACUUUCUUUUAUUACAGAUAGUUUGAAUAUAAUGGGUAACGCGAUGGUUCCUUCUGUGAUGCUUGUUCUUGGUGGUAUGCUCUCUGAAGGACCUAAAGAGUCGACUCUUGGGUUAAGGACUACGAUUGGAAUAAGUGUUGCGAGACUCUUGGUGCUUCCUUUGGUUGGGAUUGGGAUUGUCAUGUCAGCUGAUAAACUUGGUUUUAUCUCCUCGGAUGAUCCGAUGUUUAAGUUUGUGCUUCUGUUGCAGUAUUCGACUCCGAGUGCUAUUUUGCUUGGAGCUAUUGCGAGUCUGAGAGGUUAUGCGGUUAGAGAGGCAUCGGCGCUUUUGUUCUGGCAGCAUGUCUUUGCGCUUUUGUCUCUUUCGUUCUACAUUGUUGUCUUCUUCAAGCUCACCGUUGGUGAUAAUAAUGUCCAAGGUAUGCCAUAA